AUGCUCAAGUCCUUGGAUCAUCCGCACAUUGUGCGAGUCUUCGAGGCCUUCGAGAGCGAGGAGAGCCUGCACAUCGUGAUGGACUAUGCGGAGGGUGGCGACCUGGCCUCUGUGAUACGAGAGACGGUCGACACGGAGACGCUGCUUCCACAGCCCUGGGUGCGCGAGGCGGCGGUGCAGAUGGCAUCAGCGUUAGACUACAUGCACUCUCGGGGCGUUAUCCACUGUGACUUGAAGCCUGGAAACACUAUGCUCUUGACUCCUUUCAGCAUGGAGGAUGCAAUGAAUGGCUCCCGGCCACAUGUAUUGCUAGUGGACUUUGGCCUAGCAGAGAUUUUUGACGAGCAGGUCGCACUAGGUGGACCUGCAACUGUGAAAGGCAGCCCAGCCUACCUCUCACCUGAAGGGUUUGAUGGAAAACUGACGCAGAAAUCAGACACCUGGGCUCUGGGUGUAAUGCUCUACGAGAUGCUCGUGGGUGCCAGACCAUUCCGAGGGACCAACAACAUUUUCGUUUUGUAUUGCCAGGUUGCGAACAAUGAGCCUGCAUUUGAGAAAGUUCCCGAAGUUCCUCGAUCUCUGGUCGUUGCGCUGAUGGCAAAGGAUCCUCAAGCCCGAAUUUCGGCAAGGCAGUGCUUUGACCAUGAAUGGCUCCGAUCGGCCCUUAGCGAGUUGGAUGAUCACCUGCAGAUGCCGGAGGGACUUGGCCGCCCAACAAGCUACUUCUACCGAGCCGUGACUUUCUGCAUGGCGGCUGCCUUGGGCAUGAAGGACCUGAGCCGGGACACGCAGCUCUUCGAGAACUUUGACACAGACAAGUCGGGCCAACUGGACACGGAAGAACUGAAAGCGGGCUUGGCCAGGUUGGGACUCCGACAGGAUCCCAGUGGUCUCAUGGCAGCUAUGGACCUCGACCAGGAUGGCCAGAUCUCCUACACGGAGUUUCUGGCGGCGACCCUGUGUCUGGACGAGGAGCGUGGGGAGCGCUUGAUGAGAUACGCGUUCGGCACUUUUGAUUUGGACGGUGAUGGCUACAUCUCCAUGCCAGAGCUCAGACAGCUCCUGUCAGGUGAGGGAGUGUUGGUGGCAGAUGUGCUCCCAGACGGACAGACAGUAGAUGAGGUUAUGGAGGAGGUUUCCAGCGGUGAGGGCGAAAUCUCGUUUUCAAGGUUUCGGACAUACCUCACCCGCAGCUACCGAAGUGCGAGCGAGCGGCCGAUGUCAGCGGCCAUCCGCGGCCUGGUCCGAAACCGCACAAAAGAGCUAGAUGUGGAACAAGGAGAUCUUGGCGAUCCAUGCGACCAAGAAGAUGAGAUGGAGCCAGAGGAUGCUUCCGAUCUUAUGAACCGCUUGGACGAAAUCGAAGAGCACGAGGAAGAGGAUGAGGACUCCUUGCCAGAAGAGGGACCUGGGCGUGGCCUUCUUCGUGGCACCACAGGGCAGCUGGAAAACUCAAGCGAGGAGUUGCUGGGCUUCCACCAGUGGUUGGACGACCUCUUUCAGGACCAGCGGCGCGAUGCCCGACUGACCUUCUUGCUGCGCUUUCGGGACCCGCGUGUGGAGGCAGCUUAUGUGUCCCACUACUUGCCAGCGACACUGCGCCAAGCACAAGUUUACUCUUUGCCAGUGGCAGCCUACGCCGUCUGGGCUGUUACGACCGAGCACUUCGAUUGGCAGCCGUCACUCCUGGUCUGGACUCCAUCCGUCCAAGCAGUCAACAACCUUGCCUGGCUGGUGAUCUUCGUCGGGGCGCUUCUUAUGUUUGCAGUCCGGGUCCUGUCUUCGGCUUCGUGGCAUAACCAUUCGAAAAUUUGA